AUGAAUACGAAGGCGCCUAAAGCCGAGACGAAGCCGGACGUUGACUACGUUCUGGUAGAUUUCGAGCCAAUGCACAAGCAGCGCUGGCGCACUGACACCGUGCGACUCGUGUGUGUGGAAUUUCCUCCCUAUACGACAUGUUUGUGGCAUCAACACUUGAAAUACGGCAUUUAUGUGGUCAUGGCACCGCUCAAUGUAGUCGAGCAUUGUUAUGGCCAGAAGCCACGACCUCUCGUGCAAAUGAAAGGUGCUGUCUUCUGUCGUGACCAUACGAAAGACAAGUUGAUUCAUUUAGCGACUACCAGCGAGCUGCCUGCAUUCCUCAUUGAAGUCGAGCUGCUUAAAGAAAAGGCUGACAUCAUACCAAAUGGACACAUGUCGCUACACUCUAGAAUCGAGCUUUUGCACAACGAACCAGAGUGCCGUGUGUAUCGCUUUACAUUGCAGAAUGGUAUCGACAGAAUUGCUGAAAUCUCCCUUGACCUGCCGACUGAAGCCGUGUUGUUAGCGCUGGACGACUGUAAAGUGGAAAUCUGCACAGCAUCAACGAAGCAAGAGGAUACGACGUACGAGAUCGCACUAAAAGUUGGGGGUGAUGUUCACCUCAAUGCUGGCAAGUUUGGAGUCAAACUCAUGUCUUCGGCCACGACAAAGACGCAGUUCGUUUUGGCAGAGGUCUAUUAG